ACGGUCGACGCGAUCGCCCCGACGCGGCCGGGACCGCGCUACUGUCUUGCUCUGCGAAGCGCUCUGCGCGGGGAAGGAGCUCGGGGCUACGCUGCUCGGCACGGGGAUGAGCACCAAGAGUCGGAAGGCGCGCGCGUUCGUCCGCGUCCGGCCCACGGACGACUUCCCUCACGACGUGAUGCGGUUCGGGCCGGACAACAAGACCCUAGAAAUCCACGUGGAGAAAGACAGUCGGCGAGGCGUGGUCAACAACCAGCAGACGGACUGGUCGUUUGAGAUGGACGGGAUCCUGCACGACGCCUCCCAGGACUCCGUCUACGGGGCCGUGGCCGAGGAAGCGGUGGCGCAAGCGAUCGAGGGCUAUAACGGCACCAUCAUGUGUUACGGGCAGACGGGAGCCGGGAAGACGUACACCAUGACGGGAGUGACGGAACGCUACCAGGACCGAGGCAUCCUCCCGCGAGCGCUGCGACAGGUGUUCAAGACGGCGGAAGGACACCCCUCGCUGUCCGUCGGCGUGAGGGUCUCGUACCUGGAGAUCUACAACGAGACGCUGCUGGACCUGCUGGCCGGCCCGCCCGCCGAGACGCGGCUGACGGUGACGGAGAGCCCCCGCGGCGUCUUCGUCAAGGGGCUGUCGGUCCACCCCGCCCGCCACGAGGAGGACGCCUUCGACCUCCUCUUCCAGGGCGAGGCCAACAGGAUCGUCUCCUCCCACACGCUCAACAGAAACUCGUCCCGUUCCCACUGCAUCUUUACCAUCUACCUGGAGGCCCAUUCCCGGGACCCGUCGGAGGAGAGAUACGUCGUCUCCAAGAUCAACCUGGUGGACCUGGCGGGAUCCGAGCGGCUGGGCAAGACCGGGUCGGACGGGCAGGUCCCGAAGGAGGCCACCUACAUCAACAAAUCGCUGACCUUCCUGGAGCAGGCCGUCACGGCCCUGGCCGACCGCCGCCGAGAACACGUCCCCUUCCGGCGGUGCAAGCUCACCCACGCCCUCAAGGACUCGCUGGGGGGCAACUGCAAUACGGUCCUGGUGGCCAACGUGUACGGCGAAGCCGCUCAGCUGGAGGAGACGCUCUCCUCUCUCCGCUUUGCUUCCCGAAUGAGGGCGGUGGCCACCCAGCCCGCCGCCAACGAGAAAUACCACCCGGAGCGGAUGGUGAAGAACUUGGAGAAGGAGCUGCUGGUGCUGAGAGAGGAGCUGGCCAUCCAGAACACGCUGGCCAACCGCAAGCUGAUCGCCUACGACCCCCUGAACGAAGCCCAGAUCGCGGAGAUCAACGCCCAGGUGCACCGGUACCUGGAAGGAGGCCUGGACGGCAUCGCCAUCGUCAACGUCCGCCAGGUCCAGGAGGUGUUCAACCAGUUCAGAGUGAUCCUAAGCCAACAGGAGAAGGAGGCGGAGGCCAGGCUGCGCGACAAGUACACGCUCGUCGAGAAGAACGACGAGGCCGCCGUGACGGCCGCCCAGAAGGCCCUCUCCCGUCCCCUCCAGGCCGGCCUGGUGGACGCGGACGGCCAGUCUCUGAUAGAAGCCGAGAGCCCGGGGGUCGUUCCCGUCUCCAACAAGCCGGGGAAGAAGACCAAGGGCAAGAAGGGCAAGGAGCCGCCGGCCAGGAAGGACGGGCCGGGAAGCCCCGGGACGGCCAAGGACCCGGAUUCCCAGCAGGUCCCGACCCCCAAGGAGCCGGAGGGCAAGGAGCCGCCGGGUCGGGACCAGCCGGGCCCCAGCCCCGAGCCCUGUCCGGCGGAACCGGCCGCCAAGGACGACCCCCACCUGGCCAGGCCGGGCACCCCGCCGCCCAAGCCGGAGGCGUUCGAAGAGUUCAAGAACGAGCGCGGCAGCGAGAUCAACCGCAUCUUCAAGGAGAACAAGGCCAUCCUGGGCGACCGGCGGAGGAGAGCGGGCCAGGCCGCCCAGCGCAUCAACGACCUCAAGCGCCGCAUAGACGCCACCCAGCAGGCCCUGGACGCCCAGAAGCGACAGCGCGAGGAGCAAGGGCAGUUCGAGACUCGGGGGCAGACCGUCAUCGACCAGGAGGAGUUCCUGCUGCUCUUGAAGAUGAAGGAGCUGAAGGCGCUGUACCGCACGGACUUCGACCUCCUGCGGGACCUCAAGGCCGAGGUCCAGUACUGCCGGAACCUCGUCAACCAGUGCCGCCAGCGGCUGCUCGCCGAGUUCGAGAUCUGGUACAACGAGUCCUUCCGUAUUCCCGAGGAAGUGCAGGCAGCCUUGGGCCAAGCGGGCGCCAUCACCCCGGGCAUGGUUCCCGCCAACAGGAUCCUGUCGCUGGACGAAGACGACCGGGACAGGUACGAACAGCUGCGGCGGACGGCCCUCCCGGGCUCUCCGGACUCCAUCUCGUACUACAACGCCAAAGCCAGGGUCAAGAACAAGCAAAAUUACACGAGGGUCGCGGCCGGCCUCCGUCCGAUGAUGCCCAGGAAAUCGGGGGUCACCCCAGCCAUCCGGAAGGACGAGCCCCUCCACGGCGCGUCCUGACCACCCCCUCGCCCGGACCCCGCGCCCAUUUCCGGAGGGAAGGCCGAGCCCGGGGUCCCCGCCCCGUUCGCGCUGCGUUCGCGG